CAGUCUUAGAUUGCAGCAGCUCAUAUACUGCCUCAAAAGUCUGAAGCUAAUCUUCAUUGCGCAGUUGGAUCGCAACCACGACCCGACGUUACUGGGAAUGGCAAUCCUUCUCAAGUGCUGCGGAGGCUCUGGUUCUUAUGCUACGAAACAACCUCGCACACCAAUAGAAGAUCUAUGCCAUCGCUUCUCUCUUACCCAACUGGGAAAAUCGACCGACGACUUUGACAAAACCAGGAAGAUCGGCGAAGGGCCCUACGGUGAGGCGUACAGGGGUUUCAUCUCUAUCAACGGCGAGCCCAAAGAUAUUGCAGUGAAACGGCUCCGAUUACAAACACCGAAUUCCUCAUACGGGCUCACCCUUUACAAGAACGAAAUCCUCUUUAUGUGCCAGCUACGCCACCCGAAUCUAGUGUCUCUUGUUGGGUUUUGUGACGACAAAAAUGAAAUGAUGGUGGUCUAUGAGUACAUGCCUAACGGAUCCCUCCGUGAUCAGCUCUACGGAAUGAAGAGCAAGUCACCGAUUCUGCCAUGGAAGAAAAGGCUAGAAAUCAGCAUAGGGGUGGCGCGUGGACUGCACUAUCCUCACUCAGGGACCAAACGCACCAUCAUUCAUCGCAAUAUAACACCGGUCACCAUUCUUUUGGACGAGAAUUGGAUUCCGAAACUCUCAUAUUUCGGUCUUUCUUUGAAAGGACCAAAAUUUUCGGCAACGGAUGCGAAACCCAUUGAGAUAGAUGCGGUUCAAGGCACGGUGGGAUAUAUAGCACCCGAGUGCUGGGCUCUUGCUAAUGUCACGUAUAAAUGUGACGUCUAUUCUUUUGGAGUGAUUUUGUUGGAACUGAUAUGCGGAAAGACUUCGUUCCAAAUUUGUGAGUAUGAGGGGCAUUUAUAUGCUUCAGAUGUUCCGUUAUUUACAAAUGGGGUGGUUAAGAAAGUACGAAAUUCAGGGGAGAAUGGGAAAAAUGAGGAGGGAAUUAUUGAUCCGAGAUUGGAGGGAGAAAUAGCGCCACAGUGUUGGAGACUGUACAUGGACAUUAUUGACAGUUGCUUGGGCGCAGAUCCCAACGAGAGGCCAGAUAUGGGCGACGUUGAAGUGCAACUUGAACGCCUGUUGCAACUGCAAGAGGAAGAAGCACAUGCCAACCAUGGAUUUCAUUCUUUCCUCUUUUAAUUUUUCUCCUCCUUUGAUUAUCUUGUUUUAUCUUUUAUAAUUUUUGUUCUUCUUCAUGCGCAACCAGUCUCUUGCCUCUCCCUCGUAAGGACAAAACCAGGUUCUCCUUUUACUUGCCUCAUUGAUGCCUCCACCACCAUGACCACCAAGUGCAGGAUGUAUUGGAACUCAUCACACUUCAAGAGCAAGUACAGUGACUUCAUCUGGCAUAUCGAAUCUCGCUAAGGUUGCCACCAGUAGAGGAGAGGCUUGGGUUGUCAGUCAUUCUCCUUCUCUCAUCUUUGAUCUCCUUCUCCCUUCAAAUCUGGCAGUGGCACAGGUAGAGGAUGGUGUUAGCGUCAAUAGAGGACUGCAUCAGCAUCAGUGGAUGAGAGGGGCAUGGUGUUAGCGUUGCUUAGUCUAAAAUUGCAUUGAGUGAGUGAGGGCUGAAGGAGAGAGACGAGGGUGAGAGGUGAGGGUAAUUUGAUCUAAAAAUAAUCAAACCCAAGAUUAAUUUUUUAAUACCAUAAGGGGUGGUGGUAUUGGGUAAUCCCCAUGGGAUUGAGAUUAAAUUUCUCACUUCCUCUUACCAAACAUAAAAGGUAUUAUGUGAAGACUGAUAAGCUAAAAAAUCAGCACAUUUGUUUGCUUCUCUAUAAUAUGGUUAAAAGUGAUCAUCCAAUUUACAUGCAUUAAUUAGUGUAAAAAAAUGGGG